AUGCUUAUUUUACAAACAAUCGCUUUCUUCUAUAUAAUGAUAUGUGCAGAGGAUUCGAGCAACUCCGAUGAUGGCCUCCAAGCAAGUGGCGACGGCCUCCUAUCGAGGGUGCUUCGGAAGUCUUUUCAAGCGCUAUCCGAGUACCGAGAAGUCCUCACAGCUGAUCGAAGAUUCCGGCUUCUUCUUGGAUUGAAUCUAUUGGCUUUUGGUGUGGAGCUCUUCAUAUUCGCUGGAAUGAUGGAUAUUCAGUACUCCUAUCUUCGAUUCAAAUUGGGAUGGGGUGAUAAGCAGUACGGAUGGUUUAGCGGGCUACAGUAUGCUGUAACAACUGCGACUGUAAUGGUCGUGUAUCCAUUACUAUAUAUUCGAGGAUUGACUGACGGCAUUCUUGGAUGUCUUGGUUUGUUCGCAAAGAUGAUAUCUCUAAUCAUGCUUGCCUUCGUAGCAAACACAGGAAUGGCGUACUCAGUGAUUGUAUUCACGUCUCUGAACCGUUUCGUCUCAACUGGAUUCCGGUCAUUCAUUUCCAGUAUCAUAGAAACCGGUGAACAGGGUAGAAUGUUCUCUGUUAUUGCCUUAUUGGAGGGCACAACAGGUAUUUUGGCAAGUGCAUUUUUCAAUAAUGUAUAUCCGGAAACGCUACAUUUUUUCCCUGGGUUGCUCUAUCUUGUAAGUGCAGCAUUACUGCUGAUUCCUCUUCUGAUCCUCGGGUACGCCGUAUACUUUUACUUUCUGAAUGAU